UUUGAACCUUAAUACGUGUCAACAUUUAAGCCAAUUGUUAGUUCGGUGAUCUCUGUCUAUAUAUAGAAGGAAGACAAGAGAGAUGCAAACCAAAUAAGUAAAUUGAGAGUUAAUGAUACUGAAAAUGGAAAACAUGACAGAGAAGCUCCUUUUGUUUUACCUUUUAUUUAUGUGCGUAGCAAAAGCUAGUACCUCAACCCCGUUCCCAAUUCACAACCAAACUCAAAGUCCAAAACAUUUUGUGCUUAUACAUGGUGCUUGUUAUGGAGCAUGGAGUUGGUAUAAGGUGGCGACUCUCCUGAAGAACUCAGGUCACAAUGUCACAGCUCUAGACUUGGGAGCAUCCGGGAUCAACCCGAUCCAGGUAGAGCAACUCCCUUCGUUAUUGGAAUACGUCGACCCUUUGACUAAGGUCAUGGUGUCUCUACCACCAAAUGAAGAGGUUAUCCUUGUGGCUCAUAGCUUGGGUGGAGCCGUCAUAUCUAUUUUCAUGGAGAGGUUCCCUCAGAAAAUUGCUGCUGCGGUGUAUGUUACGGCUGUCAUGUCUGGUCCUACUCUCAAUUACUCAACUAUAUUUGCAAAGGUUACCAAAAGAUUUGAUUUUAUGGACUCUCAAUUUAGAUAUGAUAACGGGACCAACAACCCUGCAACCUCCCUUCUCUUUGGGCCUAAGGUAUUGGCGACAAGUUUUUUGCAGCUCUCACCACAACAGGAUUUAACUCUAGCGUUAUCGUUGGUGAGAUUUUCUCCUUUAUAUAAUUAUGAUCUAAUAAAACUCACGGAGGAGAAUUAUGGAUCAGUUCGUAGAGUAUUCAUUGUGUCCGCCCAAGACCGUGCGAUAGUGUUGGAUGUGCAAAAUUACAUGAUCAAUAACAAUCCCCCAAAUGAAGUGAAGGUGAUAAUAGGUUCUGAUCACUUGGUCAUGCUCUCUAAACCUGUGGAGUUGUUCUUUCAUCUCCAAAAUAUUGCUGAGAAAUAUGCAUAAAAACAUGAAUGGACAUGAUUAAUUCAGGCAUGCUAGCCUGCGUUGCAUGCACCAUGGUACCAAAUGCAAAUGAAUAAAUGAGAGUUAUUUUCAACUACCAAAAAUUACGCGUCCAUGAACUUUAGUUCAAGAGGCAUGACGCACUACUAUAAACAUGGUCCCCGCGUUUAGCUCUGGCUUGUGGUGGCUUCUCAUCUUUCAAAUUUAUGUUUUUUUUUAUUUUUUU